AUGACAGACGACGCCUCCGCCACCGCCACUUUUUAUGGACUAUGCCAAAGGUGGAGAGCGAGAAAGAGCACGCCAAUGUCGAGAGAAGUGUUGAGGUUCGAGCGUCCAAAACCUAUGCCAGCCGCUCCUGCACUAAGGCACGAGCGUCCCGAUCCCAGUAAGCCUCGACCCCCAGUCAUAGGGAUGACUUAUAUGCAUUCACCCGGGAUGACUUGUCAGGAGAGACACAACGUGGAGUCCAUGGCCCGAGACCUGCAUGACGCCUGUAGUAGGAUUUCUUAUCAUCAUCACAACAUUGCUGACAUGUCAGAGAUGGUGGAUGUGGUGUGUUGUGACAACCGUCAAAAUUUGAGUCAGUCCUAG